AUGUCGGACGAAUCCCGCGCUCCGGAAAAAGAGCAUACGGAGUCACCGUCGGCUCCAUCACUACAAGAGAAACCAGCAAAGAGAGAUGCCUACAGCCUAGUUGCAGAGCUCCUAUCCCCCAAGAACAAACAACAGAAACAUGCGAACAACCCCCCACUCAAAGGAAGCCACUCCAGGCAAGCCGCCUUCGGCGCGCGGGACGCUCUAGGCGCCUACAUUGCGAAACCAGAAUCAUACCCAUCCAAUGUCGUCGUAUACUACAACGAUAACUUCGUUGUGAUCCAUGACCUUUUCCCCAAAUCUUCGCUACAUCUGCUCCUUCUUCCCCGCGACCCUGCCAAGACACGCCUCCAUCCAUUCGAUGCCUUCGAGGACCCCGAGUUCCUAAGCAAAGUGAAGGCGGAGACGAGGAAGCUGCGCACACUGGCUGCCGGCGAGCUCAGGCGCAAAUAUGGCAGGGAUUCGGCCCAGGAUAAAGAACGGCAGGAUGCACUUAACGCGGACCCGCCGCCGGAUGUGCUCCCGCAGGGGCGCGAUUGGGAGAAGGAGAUCAUGUGUGGGAUCCAUGCGCAUCCGUCAAUGAGCCAUUUGCACAUCCAUGUGAUCUCCGUGGACAGGUAUAGCGAACGCUUGAAGCAUAGGAAGCAUUACAAUAGCUUCGCGACGCCGUUCUUCGUCGACAUUGAGGAUUUCCCCCUUGCCAAGGAUGAUGUCAGAAGGUAUCCGGAUAGGCAGGGGUAUUUACGAAGGGACUUCAUUUGCUGGCGCUGUGGAAAGGAUUUCGGUAAUAAGUUUACGGAAUUGAAGAGGCAUCUUGAGACCGAGUUCAACGAAUGGAAACGUCUGUGA